AUGCUCUCUCAGAUCUGUUUUCAUGAUGUUGAACUAGCAAUGAUGGGAACAGAAGGCAUUGCAGCCACAGUCAUUGAGGACCCCGAACCCUCGAUUCCGCCUGGAUUUGGACCUUUCGCUGCCCCGGCAUCAUGGGGAAACGAUGUUAAACCUGCUGAUGCUCAUUCUAGUUCUGUUUUAGCAUUACAGAGCAUCGACGACGAUGUGGAAAUUUUGGAAUAUCUAUCCAGUUCAGUGGAUCGCAAGAGUGACACAGGUUGCAGUAUUUCUGGGAGCAAUACCUGUAGGAAAUCACUGCGCAAUAGACCUCCAAUAGAUUAUAGUCGCUUUGAUCAGAUUGCGUAUGAAGAUUCUGAUGCUGAAGUAGCAGACAAGGGUGUAAGUUCAGUGAAACAUAGACAACAAUUCCCUAAAGGAGUACUUCGAGGAUGUCCAGAAUGUGCCGAUUGUCAAAAGGUUAUUGCAAGAUGGAAUCCAUCUGGUGCACGUAGGCCUGUUCUUGAUGAGGCUCCUGUUUACUAUCCUACCGAGGAGGAAUUCCAGGACACCUUAAAAUACAUUGAGAGUAUCCGCCCAACAGCAGAACCAUAUGGGAUAUGCCGUAUUGUUCCACCAGCUUCAUGGAAGCCUCCAUGCCUUCUUAAAGAGAAAAACAUUUGGGAAUGCUCAAAAUUUUCUACUCGGGUACAGAAGGUUGACAAGCUCCAAAAUCGUAAAUCGUCCAAGAAGAGCAGAAGAGGUGGAAUGAUGAAGAAGCGUAGAAAGAUUUCAGAGACUGAAGAAAUCAAUCACAAUCAAAUUGGAAUGCAGCAAAACCAAGAGAGAUUUGGAUUUGAACCAGGACCAGAGUUCACACUACAGAUGUUUCAAAAGUAUGCAGAUGACUUCAGUGAUCAGUAUUUUAUGAAAGAUAAAUGCAGAGAUUCACCACUGUCAGUGGAAGAUAUCGAAGGCGAGUAUUGGCGCAUAGUUGAAAGGCCAACAGAAGAGAUAGAGGUAAUAUAUGGUGCCGAUUUGGAGACUGGAACUUUUGGCAGCGGGUUUCCAAAGUUAUGUCCUGAAAUGAAAUCUGAUGUGGAGGAUAAAUAUGCACAAUCUGGGUGGAAUCUAAAUAACUUGCCUAGACUACAAGGUUCAGUUCUUUCUUUUGAAGGUGGCGACAUUUCUGGUGUUUUAGUGCCUUGGGUUUAUGUAGGCAUGUGUUUUUCAUCUUUCUGCUGGCAUGUUGAAGAUCAUCAUUUGUACUCACUGAACUACAUGCAUUGGGGUGCUCCAAAGAUGUGGUAUGGAGUUCCGGGAAAGGAUGCUGUGAAUUUGGAGGCUGCAAUGAGGAAACAUCUUCCUGAGUUGUUUGAGGAGCAACCUGAUUUGCUUCACAACCUAGUUACUCAGUUUUCACCUUCAUUGCUUAAAUCUGAAGGAGUACCAGUCUACCGUUGUGUUCAGCAUGAGGGAGAGUUUGUCCUGACAUUCCCACGGGCAUACCAUGCUGGUUUUAAUUGUGGCUUCAAUUGUGCAGAAGCUGUUAAUGUGGCACCCAUUGAUUGGUUGCCAGUUGGACAAAAUGCUGUUGAGCUUUAUCGUGAACAAGCUCGGAAAAUAACUAUCUCCCAUGAUAAGCUGUUGCUUGGGGCUGCAAGGGAAGCAAUAAGAGCUCAAUGGGAGGUCCUAUUUCUCAAGAGGAAUUCUGCUGAUAACUUGAGGUGGAAAAGCAUAUGUGGACCUGAUAGCACAAUAUGCAAGUCACUGAAGGCACGAAUUGAAAUGGAGUUGGCACAAAGACAAAAUAUAUCCUCUCCAUGUCAAUCUAGGAAAAUGGAUACCGAAUUUGAUUCUACUGAUAGGGAAUGUGCAUUGUGCUACUAUGAUCUGCAUCUUUCAGCUUCUGGAUGUCCAUGCUCCCCAGAGAAAUAUGCUUGCCUGGUACAUGCAAAGCAGCUUUGCUCAUGUGAUUGGAACAAAAAGUUUUUCCUAUUUCGUUAUGAUGUCAAUGAGUUGAAUAUCUUAGCUGAUGCUUUAGGGGGAAAGCUAAGUGCCAUUCACAGAUGGGGUGUCUCUGAUCUUGGAUUAAGUUUGAGCUCGUGUGUUAAACGGGAAAAGGUCCAAGAUUCUAAGACUGUUCGCAGAUUAACUGAUGGCCCAAGACGGUCCUACAUGUCACAGGCAUCAACAGUAUCGUUGGUUCCUCCUUCUGUUAGCACUGAACAGAAAAACAAUGAAAAUAAGACACUGGAUUUAGGUUGUCCAGUUACGAAUUUACUUAAAAUAAGUUCUGCGGCAAAUAAUGCGUGUCCUUUGACAAAGCAGAUAAAAUCAGAAAAUGUCUCACAGCUAAAGGAGCCAUGUGUGAAGAAUGAAUUAUCAUGUCCGACCAGCAAUGGUACCAGCCGACAACAUAAUGGAGGGAUUGGAGGCCACAAAGUUGCAGCACCAAGCUUGAUGGUUCCUUCUGGUCAAUCAUUUCCUGCAAAUGCUGUGACAAGACCCUUAAUUACUUCAGGUGAAUCCGUGAGAAGUACGCAUGGCUUGGCAGUAUUUAAAGAGAGUAGAGAAACCUCUUGCCAAACUGGAGACUGUACAUCUUCACUUACACUUAGGGAGUAUCAUAACAGGCCACUGUCAAUGAUUGAUAAUGGAGCUAACAUGAAGCCAGAUCUGGAAAACUUAGACAAUUCUCAUAGGUUGAUGGCAUCAUCAGACUUCAAUGCAACUCUAUGUCAUUCUUACAAAGAUCAAACAUUCUUAACACCGGAAACUAAUACCUCAGUGAUGACUGAGAAAGAUAGCAGUCAGGCCCGUACUGCAAGCCAGCAGUUUGUCAAUACUGCUUCAAGAACACAAAAUGUGUCUCAGGAACCAUUGUGUAGUGUCACUGCUCCAAAGCAACUCAUAGAUCCUCAAGUUGUGAAAAAUUCAUAUGGUGUUUUUGGUUCAUGCAGUGUCCAUCUUGGGCAUCCAACCGUUGGUAAUCAGCAACUAAAUGAGAGAUGGCAUCAAAGACAAUCUGAUACUCUAUCCAGUGUGGAAGUUAGAGCUAGGGGCCAUUCAGCCAUGAUAGUGCAGCCUGCUCUGGAAAAUCACAGCAGAAAUGGAGUUGCACAGAAGGGUCCUCGCAUAGCUAACAUUGUACAUAGAUUCAAGUGCUCUGUUGAACCUAUAGAAAUUGGUGUUGUGCUAUCUGGGAAGUUGUGGUCCUCAAGUCAAGCAAUCUUCCCAAAAGGGUUUAAGAGCAGAGUAAAAUACUUCAGUGUUGUAGAUCCAGUACAAAUGACAUGCUACAUAUCUGAAAUAUUGGACGCUGGACAGCAGGGACCCCUUUUUAUGGUGACUGUAGAAAACUGUCCUGGUGAAAUUUUCAUAAACAUCUCUCCUACCAAGUGCUGGAACAUGGUUCGUGAAAGGCUCAAUAUGGAAAUAAGGAGGCAGAUCAAUAUGGGAAGAGCUAACCUUCCUACACUACAGCCUCCAGGAUCAGUUGAUGGUCAUGAAAUGUUCGGGUUGUUAACACCAGCAAUAGUUCAGGCAAUUGAGGCUCGGGACAGAGAUCACGUCUGUACAGAGUACUGGCGAUCAAGGUCCCAUGUUACAACUGAGAAUCGAGACAACCAGAAUAUGCCACCUCAGGAUCCAUUGCUUAUUGCACUGAGGGGGCUCUUCCAGCGGGCUAAUUGUGAUGAACUGCGAGCACUACACGGUUUACUGAUGAGCAAUAGAACCCUGGAUGACAGUUCUAGGCAGCAGGCUUGCCAAAUCCUCGAUGAGGAGAUUGCAAAGCAAUGGCACUGA